AUGUCUAGCAAGAACAAGGUUUGCUACGUCGAGGAUGCCGAGGAGGACUCAGAGAGCUCUGUCCUCGAGGGCAUCCGAGAUACACGACGCUAUGCCGUUUCAGAAGCCCCAGGUCCAUCGAGCCCUCCUCCCAAGGAACGUCCCAACACUGGAAAGUCUCGAGGCGACCACCGACGACACUCGAGUCGGAGACACGUCACCCCUCCUAGCGAUGAGUAUUCAGAGGAGGAACCUGCCCCUCCUCCACCUCGCAGGGAAGAACGUCCCCGUCGGGCCGAUCGUGAGCGAGAGCGAGAACGUGAACAACGAGACAAAGAUCAACGCCGCAAAGAGAGGAAACAAAAAGAAGCUGCUGAGCAGCAACAACAAAAAGCCAGAGCCAAAGCCGCCAGGCACCAAGCUCAAGCCCAAGGACCACCACCACCACAACCCAGAGAUCACGAGGCUAAGCCGGCGAGAAGGCCCCGCCCCGCCUCUCUAAGUCACACUAGGACUGAACCUGUUAUUCAACAGUACCGAAGAGGCCGUGUUGAGGAUCCUUCAUGCUAUGGUGUCCAGCAGCCUGCAGUCUCUGGCAUGCGUCCCCGUGCUCAAACUCGACCUCACAGCUAUUACCCUGGUCAACCAGCUCCUCCAAUUUCUAACAUGGGAUGGCACCACUCCCAGCAAUCCCAGCCCUCCUUCCCUGUCGGAUCUUUCCCAGGGCCAUCGCCCUACUUCCCCGGUGCAUCAUCCCCGUCUGUGUCGGGAAUUCCACCAUCACCCUCAGCUACCGGUGGCCCACCUGGUUUCUUUGAUAUGCCUUCGUCGCAAGCGAGUGCUCAUCUCAGAAACCGCUUCGAGCGACCCGCCUCGUCAAUGGGAUUCCGACAGAACCAACCUUCUCCCUCCGCCAUUGGCUACCCUCAAGAUGAGGAUGAGUAUGAGGAGCCAGCCGCUCCUCCUCGCCCUGUAAGGCGUGCCUCCCGUUCCAAGAGACCGGGCCAGAACGACGAGGACCGCCGACGCAUGCCUCCUCCUGAGAGUAUUCCCCGACCCAAGUCUGCGAUGCCUCCUCCAACCACUCCAUUCCGUGCCCCACCUCAAACAGUGACUCGCCAGAAGACUAGAACUCCUUCGCGUCCUCCUCCAUCUGGUCGCAGCCGUGUUGGAUUUGCAGACCAACAUGGCUAUGAUGACGAUGAGCAAUUUGCGGACAGCCCUGGUCUAUUUGCCGACUCCCCUGAAGCCCAAUUUGACCGCCGUACAGCUUUGGCUCGCACUCGACGAAGCUCUGUAGCAUAUGACAACUACGGUGCUGAUAUCAUUCCCGCCCGUAGCACUCGUCGUGGGUCUGUUGCAUAUGAACAGCGUGGAAUUGACAUUGUGCCUGCACGCAACACUAGAAGAGAUUCCUUUUACGAUUAUGAACAAUCAAUGGACAGUGGGGAUGGCAGCUUUGACGAGGACAAGUACUUGGAUGCCAUGAAGUACCAGGACGAUAUCAAUGGUGGUCCGGCUAUGCCUUUGACUGCUGACGCCCUUCGCAAAGCCAGCAACCCUAGGCUGGGCGGUGGAAGCAGCCGCAGCAGUGGCAGCCAUGAUGACAGCGAGUACAAGCGAAGUAACACUACUGGUCUUACUCGAUCUUCUUCCAGCGAUACCGACAAUGUUACCAUCAAGGUAUCAGGCUCGGCUGUCGUGCGCGUAUCGGGUGCCGAGAUUGAGUGUGGUGACGGAGGAGAGAUUACCUUCUCCAGGCCCAACAAUGGCACUUCUCGCGUUGGCAGCGACCGCGCUAGCAGCUAUUACCAGCUGGAAGAUGUUCAGCCUCGAGUUGAACGAAAGGCUCUUCCUUACCGACCACACACUCCUAGUCGUUCUGACUCGCAUCAUCGAGGCUAUUCUGGAAAUCAUGCCCCGUAUGACCCAUCGUUCGCUAUGGACGACUACAUUUAUUGA